GUGUCAGUCGCGUCGGUGUGAGCUGCGGUCAUUGUGCGCGGUCUCGUCACGCUAAACAGAAAGGCACUUCCUAGAUAAAAACAAUAUUUCCAGACACAGCAUUCCAUAUUAUGUUAUCUAGCGGUCGCGGAAGAGUGUCCUCUAAAGGUUUACAAAAUCUUCCAUAGAAAAGAAAAACCGAUACAUCAUAUAAGAGAAAGACACAAAUCCACCCUCCGUAGUGGCACAGUUACGAGCCCCGGUACACAAAAGGCGAUCUGAUCCAAGUGGUUGGAAAGGUACGGCAGAGGGCCCGAGGCUGAGCGACCCGGCCGCCGCUAGACCCAACUAGGCAGAAGAAAGAAAGACCCAGAUCCUCGCCUUAGACGACCCCGAGACGGCGAAGGGGAGGCCAACGCAGCAAGUUUUAUAGUACCUGAAUCCGAGUCCCUUCUCCUGGCGGUUCAAGACGAGUGUGUUAUCUUGUCAAGUAAAAGCAAUAUAUCAACCAUGGCUCGCGAAGAAUCACCAGAUGUGAUGCAACUGUUCCUCAAAUACCUGGAAGGAAAAAUGGUUGGCGCUGCAAGUCCCGACAUGCUGUGCGGACCGGAGUGCUUCGUCGGGCCGGAGGUGGGCGAGGACGGCGCCCCCGACCACGCCCUUCUCUACCGCGGGGGCGUCAUCAGCAUCAUCGAGGCCAAGGCUUCAGAGCUCCUCUCCCGCGGCUUCGGCCCGUACCCCCACGUGAACCUCACCACAGAGCACGCCCUCGUCGUCACGCGCGCCCUGGCCACGCUCCACGCUCGCGCCAUGGUCACGGAGGCGACGUCCGGGGAGAAGGUCCAGGCCAAGGCGCUCGCAGGAAGCACCCCCGUCGCCGAGUCAACGUCGCCCUCGGAGGACACGGCGGGAGGCGAGGACGGCGACGCGGCGGAGGAGAAGGAAGAGCAGAGCAGCCAGCAGAGGAUCGCGGAGGCAGGCUGCGUCAAGGACAGGUGGACGGCCCAGGUGUCGCAGCUGCACAUCGUGGAGUCCAACCUGUCGAUCCUGGUGGACGCGUUGCAGAACCUGGGCAGCAACCAGCGGACGGUGCGACGCCUGGAGGCUCUCCGCUCCGAUCUCCCAACACUGACCCAGUUCCUGCAGUUCGCCUCAGCCAUGCAGUCGUGCAGGAUCCCCAGCGUGGGCCCAGUUCAGGUCACCGACGUGUGGGUUCCAAUGGGAGAGGAAGACGAAGAAGUGGUGGCCAUUAGACUCCGCGGAGGCAAGGCUCUGGACGCCCCUCCCCUCCGCGACGCCGCGUGGGUGUGGCUCACUCUGCUGGGCGGGGAGACCCUUCGCGACCGCUACAUGGAGCUCUGCGACGAGUACUGCAACUCCUUCAACAAGGCUCUGCUGCGACUCGAGGCAGCGAAUCAGGUGGAAGAAAUGUCCUACUUCGACGUGAUGCGCGACCUCGGGGAGAACUUCCUGCACGCCUUCAUCACGGUGCUGCAUAAGUUCGUGGUGUCCGGGUCCUGGUACUUCGACCGCCAGCUCCACACCGAAGAAGGGAUGCAAGCGCUCGUCGAAGUCAUCAGCUUCCUGGUGGAUAACGGCAUCGUGGGAUCCAUCUUCGUCAUCUGAUACGUGGUGCUUAGGGGUGUCUCGAGUCGCCGUCCUGGAGAGUGGCUAAGCGCGGGAAGGAAGGAGGGGGACUAGCACUCUCCCCUGCACUAGCUAGCUCCUCUGUACAGAAGCUCCUCGUGUACAGAGUCUCGUAAAUAGCUCACUUUUAUCAUCUAUUAAUAUGAAUAACAAAAAUAACCAGAUAAAAAGUAGAUAAUAAAAAGUAGUGGGUGCGUAUGCCAAGUUAAAUGCGAGACAACGAUAAUGAUGCAAGCAGUUAAAAAAAUGAUAUAUUGUGCCUUUUUUUCUCCGCUGCACAAUGAUCAUGAGAGAAGCUGGAUUGAUGGUGAAUUUCAUAGUGACGCAGUAGAAGAGAUACGAGUGGAGAAAAGAUACGAAUGAUGGCAUAAUUGUGUGAUAUACUAUUAUUAGAUUUGUAAAAAUUAUAUUAUGAAUAAACACACACACGCACACGCGCACGUGCGCACACACAUACACACACGCACACGCGCACGCGCGCACACACACACACACACACACACACACACACACACACACACACACACACACACACACACACACACACACACACACACACACACACACACACACACUACAUCUUAUCCACUCAUGAAUAUAUGCAUAAACUCUGAACAUACUUGUAUAUAGAUAUCUGUAAAUAUACAUAGAAAUGUAGAUAGCAGACGUAAAAAAAUAUCUACACCAUUUCUCAUUACUUUGACAUAACACGUAACCUCCAAACGUCUUCCCCGUCACCACAUUCCCGUCAGCAGAGUGCCUCAGUGCCACAUUGGCUCUCAGGUCACAGCUGCUGUUCGAGUCCUCGGUAAGAUGCAGGCUAGGCUUCGAUACUGUGCUCCUGAAUUAUUUUGUUUCAUAUGCUUUGUUUAGUUCGUCCAUAUACAUACAUAUAUAUAUAUAUGUAUGCAUGUAUGUAUAAACGAACAGGGUACAGAUAUAUGGAUAUAUAUAUACAUAUAUACAUAUAUCCACACAUAUAUACAUAUAUAUAUAUAUAUAUAUAUAUAUAUAUAUAUAUAUAUAUAUAUAUAUAUAUAUACAUAUAUAUAUUAUAUAUGUAUAUAUAUGUAUGUGAGUAUGUACUUAAACGCAUUUGAAUAAUGAUCAGAAAAUCAUUGGCCAAAUGAAUAAUAUUUCUCUUACAUAUUUCACACAGGAGGUAGUAGAAUGUCAUAUGUUUUUUUUUUCCUCAGUGUCAUCUGUUUUUAUAAUCAAAAAUAUGCUGACGUUAUUUAUUUCAUACUGAGGAAGUUUAGUCUGCCUUUUCUUUAAACUUAAUGUCUACUCUCAGGUAUUUUUAUUGAGUGUCACAGUUAUUAUUCUGCACAUAAUCUUAAUAUAGCAUUAAGACACUGUUGCAUGAAAUUAUACAAUUCAUGUACCAUAUCUGAUCUCAUUACAAGAUAACAUAACAUGAUAACUGACUUAAUAAUGACAAAACGAAUCAGUGUUUCAACCCGUGUACAGAAUUCCCCGUGUGGGAAGCUGCUGUUAGAGGUUUUAGAGGCAUUGACACACCCCAGUUUUAGUUUUAAGAACGAUAAAGCGUAUACCGUAACCAUUGGCGGCUUUCCAUACAUAGAAAGUUUCAAGGCAUCUGAUGAGUAAAGAAAAAAAAAGUGUUAACCUCGACGAUGAGUUGUUGUUUUUUUGGCCAA